GACGAAGACGAUGACGAUGACGACGUCGACGUCGACGACGACACGACGACGACGACGGCGCAACAUCGCCAUGUUGAGCCACGCAUGCGCUGCGUGGGAGUCAGAGCGGCGGACUCGGGUCGAACGAGGAGGUCGGAGUCAGUGCACUGCCAGCUCCGGAACCGCGAACGUCGAUCUCGCGUGUCCCCCGGUGUCACCGUAGGUUCGUCGUCCGUGUCGCGUAGUACAGUCUGCGCCCUUGCCUCGAGGUGGGUGCAGUCGGGUGGACUCGGUCGACUGGCUCCGCCACCUCUACCGGCCGAACUCUGGCUCGAGCCGCGUGCUAGGUCGUUCCACCCCGAGUUCUCUACCGUGCAGUUCCGGUGUUUCCGACCGGCACUGACACACCGGUACAGUGCGUCCUUCGCUCGGAGCGAGCUCUCCGGAUCUGGACCCGGUAUUCGUACCGCGGUGUUUUCGUGUGAACGACCUGACUGACCCGCGGGAGAUCAGUGGCGAGGAAGAUGGUGAUUUAAGAGUGUCGUGCAGUGCUCGUGUGCAAUGGUAGAGGCAACCGUACGACCGAUAGGCAUAGAGGACCGUAGAUGUACCAACCAGGGUGUUUGUUGGACAGUUCGGCACCGCGGGGCCCGCCUGAUGUGCCACCCCGUAACCCCGCAAUGAGCCGGCUCAACGGAAGACUGCCAGGAAGUCACGCAGCGAGCGAUCACGAGCGCGAUCCCGAUCUCGAGCCAUCCUGUCUCGUACGCACCCCAUCCGGUAACUUCUACAAUAUACCAAAGAUACCGAAGAAUGAAUACAACAACAAGAAUCAGUCCACGGGGAACAGUCCAAUAAAGGUGGAACUGCAGAACAACAUGGACAGAGUACCUUUACCUUACGGGCACGCCCCGUCGAUGAUCCCGAUGAGGAGACAAAGCAUUCGCUGCCAUUUCCGCAAGGGAAUCGAUUGGUGCAGCUGGAAAUUAAUUUCCAUAAUAAUAAUUAUGCUCCUGCUCUGCCUGACGGCAGCGUUAACCUACGUCGCAGUGAACUGGUCGUACCAAAGCACGAAGGCGUGCACAGUCCUGGUGGGCGAGAACACCGACGCCAAACCGUCGUCGAGCGAGUCGAACAAGACGUCCUCGUCGUCCGCAUCGACGUCGUCGCAAUCGAGCGGCAGGGCGCGGCAGCAGUCGCCGUCAGGAGGUAGUAUUAGCACAUCGGAUAGCAUGUUGUUAGAUGGUGUAUACAGCCGCAAGCGUAGGGACACGUUUAACGAGCAUGCGUUGCCGCACCAAACUGUCGCACCACCACCCUCCCAUGACCCCGAAGAGCUGCCCUUGACCCCGGCCAGCACUGCGGUCGAAAUCUCAGGGUUCGGGCAGCGAUCGUCGGUCUCGUUGCAUGAGGAGCAUUCUGGUAAGGCUGUGCAUGAUCCGGAGGUGCAUGCGGACGGUCGAGGUCCGGUGGAAGGAGCUGUCGACCGUGCCGAGGCCGGCGAAGACGCCACGGCGCCGGAGUCGCCGGGAUCGACGACUCCCUCGCUUCUCGUCUCCUCUCCUACUAACCACCCGCACGAUCGUUCGACUCAUACCACUGUCGCUGUCGACCUCACCUCUUCGUCCUCUGUCAGCUCUGUCUUCCCGUCCGUCGGCACGUCGCCGCCGUUUCUUCCCGCAGGAUUCCCCUCGGCCGGCGCUUCCGGCCGCGAGCUCCCGACCGUCGCGACGCCACGUCGGGAGGAGCACGUUGCCUCGCCGAGUGGGCCGAUUGCGAAACUUGGCGGCGACGCGGAUUUCGACGGUGUCGCCGGUAACGCCGGCACGUCCGAAAGUUCCGACGUUGCCGAAAGCAGCGACGGUAUCGCGGCUACGACGUCUGCAUCCGGCGUGGGGAAACUUCGCCCAGAUAGCGGCGGCCACGAAGUACCGCCGAUAGUCGGCGGAACUGCGGGGAACGACAAUAACGUUCGCGCUGCCGAUUACAGCGGCGAUGCAGAUCUCGCUGAUAGCACGGCUGCAACGGAGGACCCACGCUCGGAUGAACCGACGGGGAAUCAACGAGCGAGCGUAAGUAAUUCCGAUUGGAACGGCUCCUCCGACGAAGCGUCGACACCGGCAGAAGCGCAGCGGGGAGGGGCGAACGUCAGUGAAGUCUCGCCGGAUGCGAGCUCGAGCGAUCAAACGACGUCCGACGCACCGUUGAGUAAGAACGAGGACGUGGUGAUCGAGGUUGCGCCCGAGGAGACAAUUAGCUGGAACGAUGGCCCGAAGACGAUGGACACGGGAUCGGCGCGUUCCCAGACGUCGGGCGUCGUGAAAGAAACGCGAGAGCUCUCCCGGGAGUACUCGUCGUCCGAGUCGUCCGAGUCCAAUAUCGUUAGGGCCGCCGAAGCUCCGGAGGAACCCCAACGAGACUAUCCCGUGCCGAUCUACAGUUACGGGCAGGACGAGGUGGAGAUCGUCAACCUCCGUCACAAGGAGCGGCCGGUCGCGAGGACCGAACACCAUCCCGCUAAAUCAGCCGCUCCCGGAGUCUUCGGUAACGACGUGAGGACGAACACCGUGUCCCGCAAGGAGCGUGACAAGGACGACAUGCGGGUCAUCACGAGGGAAGGAAGCGACGAGGAGUUCCUGCGGAAGUUCGAGGAGAAUUUCCGCGCGGCGGUCCCCGAGAUCGACGAAAACUCCGCCGAAAACUCCCCGCCGGUCAAGACCACCGCGACGGAUGGGCCGCACGACACGGUGCAUGAUUCAUCGGGCGACGCAUCACCCUCUAACACAGCCAAUGUCCGAUCCGGUUCGCCGAUAACCCAGCGGGUGCAGAUCGUCGAGGUACCCGUGUAUCGCGACGGCGACUCGUCACCCCCGUCACCAUCGUCUUCAUCCUCAUCGUCGUCCGCUUCGUCGCCCCACCGGGUGCUCAUAAACAUAACGAUCGCCAGCGAGGACUCGCCCACUGCCUCCUCGAGGCCUCUGUACGUCCUGUCGGUGUCCGUGCCGACGGAGGUCGACGCGAUCCGUUCGUCCGGGAUUAACAUCAAUCAGGCGCAGGUGCACGAACGGCCUUCGGAGAUGCCCGAAGCGGCGAGCAUGCUGAGAAAGAUCGCCGCUAACGGCGAGUCGAUAGACACGCUCGAUGCGAUGCGAUUACCGCCGCCGCCGCAGCCACCUGCCUCGCCACCAGCGCCGAUCUGGGCCGGUGGCGAGUGCGAGUGCUCUUGUCCGUGCAUGGGCUCGUCCUCUGACGAGUGGGACAACUUUUCAGAGUUCGACGAGAACACCAACGUGGAACAGGAGGAGGAGGAGGAGGUCGAGCGACACGCUAACUCCACGACGGAGAGAUCCCGGGAGUCCGGGGGAACGGGAUUGGGGGGGAAUCGGGAGGAGCAGCGCGAAGAAUCCGCGGCGAGUCCGCCAGCGAGUUCGGUAAGAAGCGGGAACGUGACCAGCACGGAAGAGUAUCACUCGUCGACGAUGCUCGACUCCGUGGAGAAUACCGGCGAGACUACGCCGACUCCCGGACCUGAAGUAAGCACCGACGUGUGGGCUUGCCCCGGAAGCACUCCGCUUCCCCCAGAGCCCACUAUACUGAUUCUGGAAGGUGGGCGAACUUUCCCGGCGAGAUCUUUCCCACCUGACGGCACGACCUUCGCUCAAGUCAGCCUAGGACAAAAACUUAGCAAAGAGAUACCGCCGUACGGCUACUGGAACAUGCAGUUCUACCAAUCGGAGGCCGCCUACGUACGCUUCGACUACAGCAUCCCGCGCGGUGCCAGCAUCGGCGUCUACGCGAGGAGGAACGCGCUGCCCACGCACACGCAGUAUGACCUUCUGGAGGUUCUCAGCGGUUUCAAGGCGCGGACCACCAGGGCGUCCCAUCCUUCGAUCAAGAAAGAGGUGACACAGUACAUGGAGCCGGGUCAUUGGUUCCUCUCGCUUUACAACGACGACGGGGAUCCUCACGAGGUCUCGUUCAUUGCUGUGAUCGCCGAGGACAUGACGCACAACUGUCCGAACGGCUGUAGCGGCAAAGGCGAGUGUCUUCUCGGUCACUGUCAGUGCAAUCCCGGUUUCGGCGGUGAGGAUUGCAGCGAAAGCGUCUGUCCCGUUCUCUGCAGCCAGAGAGGCGAGUACAUAAACGGCGAGUGCCAGUGCAAUCCCGGCUGGAAGGGAAAGGAAUGCUCCCUGCGACACGACGAGUGCGAAGUGCCCGACUGCAAUGGCCACGGCCACUGCAUGAACGGCAAGUGCAACUGUGUACGCGGCUAUAAGGGCAAGUAUUGCGAAGAGGUCGAUUGUCCGCAUCCGACCUGCUCCGGUCACGGUUUCUGCGCCGAGGGCACAUGCAUCUGUAAAAAGGGCUGGAAAGGGGCCGAUUGCAGUCAAAUGGACAAAGAGGCGUUGCAGUGCCUGCCGGACUGCAGCGGACACGGAAACUUCGAUUUGGAGACUCAGACCUGCCUCUGCGAGUCCAUGUGGUCCGGUGACGAUUGCUCGAAAGAACUAUGCGAUCUCGAUUGCGGCCCUCAUGGACACUGCGUGGACAACGCCUGCGAUUGCUCGCCAGGUUGGUCCGGCGAGUUGUGCAAUCUGAAGCAAUGCGAUCCUCGCUGCAACGAGCACGGACAAUGCAAGAAUGGCACGUGUCUGUGCGUUACCGGAUGGAACGGAAAACACUGUACGAUGGAGGGUUGUCCGAAUUCCUGUUCCGGCCAUGGACAGUGCAGGGUGUCGAACGACGCGCAGUGGGAGUGCCAAUGCUACGACGGCUGGGACGGCAAGGACUGCAGUGUGCUCUUGGAACAGAACUGCAACGAUGGACGAGACAACGAUAAAGACGGUCUCACCGAUUGCGCCGAUCCGGAAUGUUGCUCCAAUCAUAUGUGUCGUAGCAGCCAGCUGUGUGUCUCGGCGCCCAAACCAAUCGAUAUAUUGCUACGGAAACAGCCACCCGCCAUCACCGCUUCUUUCUUCGAGAGAAUGAAGUUCCUAAUCGACGAGGGCAGUCUGCAGAACUACGCUCGUCAGGAGACCUUCAACGAGAGCCGAUCGGCCGUCGUGCGCGGUCGCGUCGUCACGCACCUCGGCACCGGCCUGAUGGGAGUGCGGGUCAGCACCAGCACCCCGUUGGAAGGCUUCACCCUGACGCGAGACGACGGCUGGUUCGAUCUACUGGUGAACGGCGGCGGUGCCGUAACCCUGCAGUUCGGCAGGUCGCCUUUCAAGCCGCAAAGCCACAUCGUCUUCGUGCCUUGGAACGAGGUCGUCAUAAUCGACAAGAUCAUCAUGAGCACCGCCGAGGAAAAGCCACCGCUCCACGUUCCGCACGCGUGCACGGCUCACGAUUACGAUCUCAUGAAGCCGGUCGUCCUGGCGACCUGGAAGCACGGGUUUCAAGGUGCCUGCCCGGACAAGAGCGCCAUAUUGGCCGAGUCCCAAGUCAUACAGGAGAGCCUGCAGAUCCCCGGCACGGGAUUGAAUCUGGUGUACCACAGCUCCAGAGCGGCUGGUUACCUUUCCACCAUACAGCUGCAACUUACCCCGGAGUCCAUACCGGCCACUUUGAACCUGAUACACCUGAGAAUCACGAUUGAAGGUAUACUUUUCGAGAAGACUUUCGAGGCCGACCCCGUGAUCAAGUUCACCUACGCGUGGAACCGGCUGAACGUUUACCGUCAGCGCGUCUACGGCGUCACGACCGCGAUGGUCAAGGUCGGUUACGAGUACAGCGACUGCAAGGAUAUCAUCUGGGACGUGCAGACGACGAAACUCAGCGGUCACGACAUGUCCAUCUCGGAAGUCGGUGGCUGGAACUUGGACAUUCAUCACAGGUACAACUUCCACGAAGGUAUUCUCCAGAAGGGAGACGGCUCGAACAUUUAUCUGAAGCACAAGCCUAGGGUCAUACUCACCACAAUGGGAGACGGCCACCAGAGGCCGUUGGAUUGCUACGACUGCGACGGACAGGCCUCCAAACAACGUCUCUUGGCACCCGUCGCCCUCGCCACUGCGCCGGACGGCUCCAUCUUCGUGGGCGAUUUCAAUCUAGUCAGGAAAAUCCUCGUCGACGGAACAGUCAGAACGGUGGUUAGACUGAACGCGACCAGGGUAUCGUAUCGAUAUCACAUCGCUCUGAGCCCGCUGGACGGUCUUCUCUACAUAUCCGACCCGGAGUCCCAUCAGAUCAUCCGCGUCCGCGACACCAACGACUACACAGACCCCGAUCACAACUGGGAGACGGUGGUCGGCUCCGGGGAGCGUUGCCUUCCCGGUGACGAGGCUCACUGCGGCGACGGUGCGCUCGCGCGAGACGCGAAGCUCGCUUACCCCAAAGGCGUCGCCGUUUCCGCGGACAACGUUCUGUACUUCGCGGACGGCACGAACAUCAGAAUGGUCGACCGCGACGGCAUCAUCACCACCGUGAUCGGCAAUCACAUGCACAAGUCGCACUGGAAGCCGAUACCCUGCGAGGGAACGUUGAACGUCGAGGAGGUGCACCUGCGUUGGCCGACCGAGCUGGCGAUCAAUCCUCUGGACAACUCGCUGCACAUGAUCGACGACCACAUGGUGCUGCAGUUGGCGCCGGACGGUCGCGUCAAGGUCGUCGCCGGGCGUCCUCUUCACUGCGCCUCGCCGUCCUCCUCGUUCGACACGGAGCUCGCCACUCACGCCACCCUCGUGAUGCCGCAGAGUAUCGCGUUCGGGCCCUCCGGCAACCUGUACAUCGCCGAGAGCGACUCGCAGAGGAUCAACCGCGUCCGCGUGAUCGGCACCGACGGCAAGAUCUCGCCGUACGCCGGCGCCGAGUCCAAGUGCAACUGCCUGGAGCGUGGCUGCGACUGCUUCGAGGCCGAUCACUACCUGGCGUCCACCUCGAAGUUCAACACCAUAUCCGCCGUGGCGGUCUCCCCCGACGGGGUGGUCCACAUCGGCGACCAGGCCAACUACCGCAUCCGCUCGGUGACGGCGAGCAUACCGGACGCGAGCGGCGCGCGCGAGUACGAGAUCUACGCUCCCGACACGCAGGAGAUCUACGUGUUCAACCGGUUCGGCCAGCACAUCGCCACGAAGAACAUCCUCACCGGCGAGACCGUGUAUCUCUUCACGUACAACGUCAACACCAGCAACGGCAAGCUCAGCACGGUGACCGACGCGGCCGGCAACAAGGUCUUCCUGCUCAGGGACUACAGCAGCCAGGUGAACUCGAUCGAGAACACGAAGGGUCAGAAGUGCCGACUCAGAAUGUCCAGGAUGAAGAUGCUGCACGAGCUGAGCACACCCGACAACUACAACGUCACCUUCGACUAUCACGGGCCCACCGGUCUGUUGAAGACGAAGCUCGACAGCACCGGGCGUAGCUACGUCUACAAUUACGACGAGUUCGGCAGGCUGACCAGCGCGGUGACGCCCACCGGCAAGGUGAUCAGCUUGACCUUCGAUCUCAGUCUGAAAGGUGCGGUCGUGAAAGUCGGACAGAACAACAGGAAGCCCGUCUCGAUGCUGAUCAAAGGAUCGUCGGUGGUAACGAAGGUCGGCGAGGCUGAGCAGAGGACGACGGUGCUCGCCGAUGGCUCGGUCGGCAGGGUGACGUCGUGGGCUCACACCGUCAGCACCGACACCAUGCCGUACUCGAUCUUGGCGGAGAUCGAGCCUCUGUUAGGCGAGAGCUACCCUGUACCAGCGAAGCAGCGGACGGAGAUCGCCGGGGAUCUGGCGAACCGCUUCGAGUGGCGGUACUUCCUGCGGAAAGUCCAGGGGAAUAAGAAUCGCGGCAACGCGAAGGCGGUCGCCCAGGUCGGCAGGAAGCUCCGAGUGAACGGCGAGAUCCUGCUGUCUCUCGAGUACGAUCGAGAAACCAACUCCGUGGCCGUGUUCAUGGACGACCGGGUGGAAUUGCUGAACGUCACGUACGACAGAACGGCCAGGCCCGUCAAGUGGGGCCCGAGGAACGGCAUCUUCGCCGGCGUCGAGCUCGAGUACGAUCGAUUCAGCAGACUUACGAGUUGGACGUGGGGCGACAUCAGCGAGACUUACGGCUUCGACCGAGCUGGUCGAUUGUACGAGAUCAAGUACAGCGACGGAACGUCGAUGGUGUACGCCUUCAAGGACAUGUUCAGCAGUUUGCCGCUGAAAGUCACCACGCCUCGCGGAAGCGACUAUCUUCUGCAGUACGACGAAGCGGGAGCGUUGCAGUCGCUCACCACACCGAGGGGACACAUUCAUACCUUCUCGCUUCAAACGUCCCUCGGAUUCUACAAGUAUCAGUACUAUUCGCCGAUGAACAGGCAUCCCUACGAGAUCUUAUACAACGACGACGGUCAGAUUCUCGCCAAGGUGUAUCCGCAUCAAAGCGGCAAGGUCGCUUACGUCUACGAUCACACUGGAAAACUGGAGACGACGUUAGCUGGACUCUCGUCGAUACAUUACACCUAUCAGGAGACCACCAGUCUGGUUCGCAGCAUCGACAUCAACGAGCCGAACUUCGAGAUGCGCAUCGAGUACAAGUAUCACGCCGGCAUCGUGAAAGACGAGAAGAUCAAGUUCAACAGCAAGAGCGGCAUGGACAACGCGCAUUACCGCUACCAAUACGACGGCAAUGCGCGCAUAUCCGGCAUCGAGGUGGACAUCGACGGCAAACAGUUACCGCAGCUUCGUCUCAAGUACAACCAGAACCUCGGCGUGUUGGAGGGCGUCGGCGAUCUGCGGAUAUACAGGAACCUCUUCAACAGAUCCGUCAUGCAGGACAGCAGCAAGCAGUUCUUCACGGUGACCGACUACGACGAGCACGGCCGCGUCAAGACCGUGCUGAUGAACAUCCGUACGUUCGACGUGUUCCGCAUGGAACUCGAGUACGACAAUCGCAAUCGCAUCAAGAUGAGGAAGCUGACGAUCGGCAAGGAGGCGCUCGAGAAGAAGGAGGGCUCCCGAAUGGAGAAGAUCACUUACAACGCGGACGGCCACGUGCUGGAGGUGGCGGACACGGAGAACAACUGGCAGUACGCGUACGACGAGAACGGUAACGUGAUCGGCGUGACCGGGCAUAACGGGAAGAUCGCCCUGGGCUACGACAGUGGCGACCGAGUCGUCCAGUACGGCGACGUGGAAUUCAACUCGUACGACGGACGCGGCUUUGUCGUGAUUCGCGGCGAGCACAAGUACAGAUACAACUCGCGCGGCCAGCUGAUUCACUCCUCGGAGCACAAGAAGUUCCAGAUCUGGUACUUCUACGACGACCGUGGCCGGCUGGUGUCCAUGAACGACGACCGCGAGAACAUCACGCAGUUCUUCUACGCGAACCCGAAGACCCCGGACCUGCUGACGCACGUGCACUUCCCCAAGUCGUCCAAGACGUUCCGAUUCCUCUACGACUCGCGGGAUUUCCUCAUGACCGUGGAGACGUCCGAGCAACGGUUCUACGUCGCGACCGACCAGAACGGCUCGCCGCUCGCGCUCUUCGACACGAACGGCAACCUCAUCAAGGAGAUGCGACGCACGCCGUUCGGCAGAAUCGUCAAGGACACCAAUCCCGACUUCUACCUGCCUAUCGAUUUCCACGGAGGUCUCUUGGAUCCCAACACCAAGCUGAUCUACCUGAACAAGAGACUGUACGACCCGACUCUCGGCCAGUGGAUGACGCCGGCUUGGGAGCAAAUGGCCAACGAGCUGACCACGCCGACCGACAUAUUCAUCUACCGCUUCCGCAACAACGAUCCGAUGAAUUUCAAGCAGAACGUCGAGUACAUGACGGACCUGGCGAGUUGGCUGAAGCUCUACGGCUACGACAUCUCCUCGAUGCUCGGCUCGGAGUACACGAAGCAGAUGGUGUACCAGCCGAGCGCCACUAUCACGUCGCCGCAGCUCACCCCGGACUUCGGCGUGAUGUCCGGUCUGCAGUGCAUCGUGAAUCGCGUGCACGAGAAGUUCUCCGACCUGGGCUUCGUGCCGAAGCCGCUGCUGAAGCUGGAGCCGAAGACGCGGAACCUGCUGCCGCGAGUGGCGCACCGUCGCGCUGUCUUCGGCGAGGGUAUCCUGGUGUCGCGCGUCGACGGCCGCGCCUUGGUCAGCGUGGUGGACGGCGUGAACAGCGUGGUGCAAGACGUGGUCACAUCCGUGUUCAACAACUCGUACUUCCUGCCGCUGCACUUCAGCGUCCACGACCAGGACGUCUUUUACUUCGUGAAGGACAACGCGCUCAAGAUCCGUGACGACAUGGAGGAGCUCCACCGGCUCGGCGGUAUGUUCAACGUGUCGACGCACGAGACGACGGAGCACGGCGCCGGCACGUGGAAGGAGCUGCGACUUCACAAUCCGGACGCGGCGGUGGUGAUCAAGUACGGCGCCGAUCCCGAGCAGGAGCGUCACCGUAUCCUGAAGCACGCGCACAAGCGAGCCGUGGAGAGGGCCUGGGAGAUCGAGAAGCAGCUGGUGAUGGCCGGCUUCCAAGGCAGGGGCGACUGGUCGAAAGAGGAGAAGGACGAGCUCAUCAGCCGCGGCACCGUCGACGGCUACGAGGGCGUCGACAUCCACAGCGUCCACAGGUACCCCCAGCUCGCCGACGACCCCGGCAACGUGGCGUUCACCCGGGACGCCAAGAGGAAGAGGCGGAAGAGCGGCAACCGGCGCAACAGGACUCACAGGCACGACUCGUGAUUCGAGGACGCCACGCGAGUUCGGAGUAUCGUUUGGGACUUGAUUCGCGCGUGAAUCCGACGUGUGAGCUCGAACGAACGAACGAACAAACGGGAGAA